AUCAAUAAUGUCUCCCUACCCCCAUGCUUUGAACAAAGCUGUCAUUACUCGUCUGGAUUCUGACAUCAUGAAGGCUCUUGUGGGUUUGAUUAUAGUAAUGAUUGUGGAUAAAGGAUACUGCACAGAAACAGGAGAUCAAGUUCUCUCAAUCACCCCAACUACACAGGAGCAAGUGGACAUUGUGAAGAACGUGUCCAUCCAAUAUGAGACAUCUUUAUGGCAGCCUGCUUCACCUCAGUACAUCAAGGAAGAGACGACAGUCCACCUGUUUGUUCCUGCAAACAGCUCAGGGGACGUCACGGGUCUGCUACAAAAACACGCCAUAACACACACGGUUUUACUGGCCAACACCAACGAGUUGAUUGAAAUGCAGACGAGGAAUGUCUCCACAGACCCACGAAGCAGCUCAACGUUCUAUGAGCAAUAUCACAAUCUGGAUGACAUCUAUUAUUGGAUAAACAGGAUGACACAGGACAACCCCAGCACGGUCAAAGUUAUUCUCAUUGGCUCCUCAAGUGAAAAGCGACCACUGUAUGCUUUAAAGUUGUCUCUAAACAACAGACCAAAUAAAAAAGCAAUAUGGAUCGAUUGUGGAAUCCACGCGAGAGAGUGGAUUGCUCCUGCUUUCUGCUUGUCGUUUGUGUACUAUUCUAUAUCAUUUUAUGGUAGAAACCAGGACAUUACCAACAUACUGGACAACAUGGACGUCUACGUGCUGCCCGUCAUGAACCCUGAUGGAUACGAGUACACAUGGACGACAAACAGGAUGUGGAGGAAGAACCGCUCCGUCAGCAAAAGCAACAACUGCAUUGGAGUCGACCUCAACAGGAACUUUGACGCCAAUUGGUGCACUGAGGGGGCCUCUCCUGAGCCCUGCAGCGAGAUCUACUGCGGCACCUUCCCCGAGUCUGAGCCUGAGUCGGAGGCCGUGGCCAACUUCCUGCGCAGCCACAAGGAUUCGGUCCAGCUCUACCUCACCAUCCACUCCUACUCUCAGAUGCUGCUCUUCCCGUACUCAUACACCUUGGAGGAAGCAGAGAACCACAGGGACCUGCUUGAGAUGGCCCAAGAAGCAGUCCAGAAUAUCAAAAGAUAUUACAGGAACAACUAUAAAUAUGGGGCUGGAGCAAAGACAAUAUACCUGGCUCCUGGGGGUUCCGAUGACUGGGUGUACAACCUGGGCAUCAAAUACUCCUUCACGUUUGAGCUGCAGGACCGCGGGAAUUACGGCUUCCUCCUGCCACCCUCUCACAUUGCCAGGGCCUGCAAUGAAGCUCUGAUCGCUGUGAAGACCAUUGCUCUGAAGGUUAUUGAGAAAACGCAAGAUCCCCCAGGUUCUUCUCGGACUGCCUGAGCAGUUGAAGGGUGGAAGUUCCAUAUGUUGAGCCAUUUCUCGAGAUUCUUUUGAAUAUUUGCAUAUACUAUGAACACAUAUACAGUCUCAAUAAACGGAUUGAAGUUA